GACUCACGCACAUUACUUUAACGUUCUCCUAAAUAAUACAAAGCGAUUAACCGCAUAAGCGAGCUAGAUUGGCGUGUUCCCGGUGUAGUUUGCACAGCCCCUCCGUCUCCCUCUUCCUGCGCGCAGGGAUCGGGUUUGUGCCGCGGUCGUGGUGAAUGAGAUUGAAGAAGAGUUCUUCUUGUUUUGUAUCUCAGUUUCUCUCUUUUUUUUGAAACGCACAAAUAAAAUACAAUAAGUAAACAACAAUAAGAUCGGAUCGUCGGAUUUAAAUCCGUGCCGGUGUUGGAGUUAGAGUUAUGUAAGCGAUCGCUUCGGAGAUUGUUUGCUCGAGAUAUUUUUGGGGGGUGUUUGUAAAUAUUUAUUUAAAUAAUUUGUCAGAAGGACUACUGCUCAAGAGUGAAGAGUGCAGGAUACGUGUUCACUGAUUAAAGCAGCAGGUCUCUAUAUGACAGAGAUAAAAGCUUACAGGGGGAGUCAGAGAGCGAGUGGACACCAGUUUCACUGCCAGCUGGCUGAAAAUUUUCUGGGACUGACUUGCUGGCAAACUGGACCAAUGAUGGAAUUACAAACAUUACAGGAGGCCCUGAAAGUGGAAAUACAAGUCCAUCAGAAAUUGGUUGCACAAAUGAAGCAGGACCCACAGAAUGCUGAUCUGAAGAAGCAGCUUCAUGAACUUCAGGCCAAGAUCACUGCUCUGAGUGAGAAACAGAAAAAGGUAGUGGAACAACUGAGGAAAGAGCUGUUGGUGAAGCAGGAGCCAGAGCUGAAGCUGCAGACGGUGCAGGCAGCGGCGGACGGUAAAGGCGUGAUACUGGCGCCCUCCUGUCAGCCCCAACAGCAGCCCACAGGAACUCCUCACAACAAGGCAGCUCCACAGAAGACUCUGCAAGUCACGCCGGUCCUCACCACGAAGACUCUACCUCUAGUCCUGAAAGCUGCCGCCUCCACCAUGCCUGUUUCCAUGACAACGCCACGCCCCACAGUUGCCAUGGUCACUGCCAUUAGCAAUCCCCCCAGGUCUGCUUUGACCCCUGACUCCCGCAACGCACCAGUCAACCUUCAGUUGGCCAGCAAACUGGCCAGUCAGGACACAGAGGGCGCGUCACGAGUCGUGCCGAAGAACGUUAUCGUAGUGCAGGCCAGCACCACCUCGGCUCAGCCUAUCAAAGUUCCCCAGUUUGUCCCUCCUCCUAGACUGACGCCUCGACCCACCUUUCUGCCACAGGUGCGCCCGAAACCUGUUACUCCCAACAACGUGCCCAUCGCCCCCGCCCCUCCUCCCCCCAUGAUGGCUGCUCCCCAGCUGCUCCAGAGACCAGUUAUGCUUGCGACCAAGUUAACGUCGGCACUACCCGCCUCGGCAGGCCCCAUUCACCAAGUGCGUAUUGUCAACGGCCAGCCCUGUGCCAUCCCCAAAACCGUUGCUUCUACAGGAGGAGUGACGGGCAUCGUUAUCAGUGGCCCGAUGCAGACACUGCAGAUCAGCAGCUUAAACGCAGACAUAAAGACUGUGAAAUCUCAGGGGGCUUCAGAGCAGGUGCUCACAAGCACCCCUGCUUCAACAUCUCCUCCUCUUACUUUGCCUAAGGUUAAACGAGAGGAGAAUCCACAGAAACUUGCCUUCAUGGUGUCUCUUGGGUUGGUCACACACGACCAUCUGGAAGAGAUUCAGAGCCGAAGGCAGGAGCGGAAAAGGAGAACAACAGCCAAUCCUGUGUACAGCGGAGCAGUAUUCGAGCCAGAGAGGAAAAAGAGUGCGGUCACCUAUCUAAACACUCCCCUCCAUCAAGGAACGAGGAAGAGAGGUCGCCCACCCAAAUACAGCAGCAGUGCAUCAGGGCCAGAGCUGGGCUGCCACCCCCUGCUCUCCCCAUCCAGCAGUCACCCCGCCUCCCCAGCCGCCGAGCGGCCUGAUUGUGGGGGCUUCCCCCUCCCCGUCCACCCCCACUCUCUCCCUCAGCCCAGCCCCAGCUCCGGGGAUGGAGACAUCCAUGAGGAUUUCUGCACUGUGUGCAGACGUAGUGGCCAGUUGCUCAUGUGCGACACGUGCUCACGCGUCUACCACCUCGACUGCCUGGACCCGCCCCUCAAAAAUAUUCCUAAAGGCAUGUGGAUCUGUCCCAAAUGUAAAGACCAGAUACUAAAAAAAGAGGAGGCCAUUCCAUGGCCCGGGACCCUGGCGAUUGUACAUUCCUACAUUGCAUAUAAAGAAGCAAAAGAAGAAGAAAAGCAGAAACUCAUGAAGUGGAGUGCUGAGCUUAAAUUAGAGCGAGAGCAACUGGAACAAAAAGGCAAGCAGCUGAGCAACUCUAUAACGAAAUGCAUGGAGACCAAGAAUGGCAUCCUGGCCCGGCAAAAGGAAAUGCAGACCUCGCUGGAGAAAGUGAAACACCUGGUACGCCUCAUUCACAGCUUUAAUCUUUCUCAGACUGUGGCGAUUGGCACAACCCAGGAGGGCAACCCUGAAGUCAAAACUGAGGCCUCCCAAGAGCCCAAGAGUACAGUACAUUUGUGUGCCAAGCCUUCGGGGUCUGAGCAGAACCCUGCACAAGUUGGUGCGCAAGUCCCUGCAGCAGGCACGGUGCACAAGGUCCAAGCCGAGCCUGUAGUGGGCGAAAUGGCCGACUCGGCCGCAGCCGUCACUCCGGAGGCUGAGCCGAAACAGUCAGGAGUCACACAGGCCAGUAACAUGACCGUCAGAGACGACAUGGACACAGUGAAGACUGUGAAGCCAACAGAGGUUACAGAGGUCAAACAGAAUGGCGGAACAGACUCUCAGAGCCGCGGAGAGAUGGGAGAGGACAUGACAAACUCUGAAAAUACAACUUCAGAUGCCAGCAACAGCGAAGAGCCACUCGUGAUGGACAUAGAAGACCUGGACCACGGCAAGAACACCAACAAUGGAAAGAAUGUAGAACAGCUUUUGCCAGUGGCACUCAACAGCGUGGACAUCUCCAAAUGAGUCUUAUCCCAGUCUGCUCAACUAAGUAUACCUCUCCUUCUCCCAAACAUUUAAAAACAACUUUUAUUGCAUCCAGCACCGGUGCACCUAGUUGCCAAUCUCUCUAUAUAUUAUACAUAUAUAUGUGCAUUUUAAUAUUUUUUUCCCAGUGAAAGGUGAGACUGUCAACAGUACUUCUAUACCCAAAAAAGAAUCAGUCAAUUAACACAACCAACAAAGACUGUAGAAAGGUGCUUAUAACAGUGUCAUACCAAUUAGUGGACCAUUUUAAAAAGACAUAAUAAAUGAAAGAAAAAAAGCAAAACAAAACCGAAUUAAAUGAAUAAUGAAGGAGAAGGAUAACUGAAUAUAUCUCAUCACACCAGUGUGUGCCUGCAACAGUUGCCCUUGAAACUCAUGGGGAUUGUUUUAAGUUGUCUUAGUUUCCUUUUCUCUGGGAAGAGGGUGGCAGGUCACACGUGUCCAAAGACUGCAUGCUCUGUCCACCCUCGUCGUGUCCCCCAGCCAGGUCUGAGAGGACCCUUCCUAAACCAAAAGCUUCUUGUUCUGAGCUGGACAAGUUGCAUCAGUAUUCGCCAGCAGCAGGAGCGCAGAGGCUUCUGAAGUCACAGGCAUUUGAAGACUGAAUCAGGACUACAGAAUGCUGAUUUCUCCAUCCUUUUUUCAUUUCAUAUGAGCUGUAGAACGCGAACGAUAUGGUAAAAAUGAAGACCCAUAUACGAGUACACCUCAGACUAAACAUCAGACGAGAACAAUGUCUGAUUGGUGUGACGAAACGCAACUGUGUCUCUUGAUGGCAGCAUCCGAUGAGUACGAAAAAGAUGCUGCUCUUUUGAAGCGAGUCUUUACUGCACCCUGGUGUGAAACACUGCAGACUCACUGUGUCAAGUUGGGGGGGGAGGGGGGCGGCAGAGGUGGUGUCCAUGUCUGAGGAGUAUUUUGUCUUUUUGUUAAUAGCAAAAUGUAUUCAGGUCUUCCUAGUCUUCACACAAAAAUAAGUGCUUUUCUGUUUCUUAAAACAGUAAUUUGCUAUAUCAGAGGUGUUAAAAUGGCAUCGUUUAUGCAAGAAGCUCUUUGUUGCAAGCAGAAGGGCAUUGCAUAAUAAGUGUUUUAUUUUUUAUUAUUCCAAACUGCCAAAUUUUCCCCCCUUCAUUAAGAACGUAGACGUUAAUGCAUUUUAUGUCUAGUCUAAAGAACAGGAAAUACAUUAUCGGUCCUUUUUUCCUUCCCUUCAAUCAUUCUAUAUGGUAAACAUAUUCAUAGACAACAAUAAUGCUUCACAGUUUUGCUGACUUAAACGUGAGGGUUUGACGUUUGAGCCAAGUUUAGUAAUAAGACAAAGACGGAAAACCCUGGAUUCAAAGCACAAGCUUAUUUAAAAUCGCUAAAGCAAACACACCGACUUCGGGAAAGACUCAGAGUAAGACAAAGCUUAGGAAAAAGAGUUGUUAAUUACCAUUACGUUUGCCAACAUAUUUUUGUUCCAAGGAUGCGUGAUCAAACUGGGCAACUGGAAGCCUUCAGUCAGACAUUGUACCAGUUUCAUUUUUCAGCCUUUCUUUAUUCAUUUACCCUGAAAAAAAAAAAAAAACAUCAGACGCACAUUUUGCCUAGUACACUUCUUCUCCACUGAGUCCUCCUGUUUCCUUGCAUUUAUUUAAAGAUUGCACUGGGGUAAAUCAUGUCUUAAUGGUACUGCACAGCUGGCACCUCAAAUGUGUUUACAUCACCUCUUUCCAAAUUGACAUAUCUUUAUGUGUACUAUGUUGACAGAUCAGUAGUCUAUUACCGAACAAUAAAUAUCAAACAUUAUUCAUUGUACCAUGUAAAUUAUAUUGCACAAUUACCGCUGUUUGCAGGGCUAAAACAGGCCUCGUGAUUUCAGACUGUUUCACUAAGAUGUAACCAAACUAACAUAGUAACACACUUUGUAUUAAAAGGUAGACAAACAAAACAAAUUUGUUCAGUUGGAGUCAAUCGGAAGCACGCUGCACUUCCCUUUGCGUGACUGUGAAACUCGAAACAGCUCCCGGCAUUCCAUUAUACUUCUGUUCUUCACUUAGGACUAAAAAGCAGAAUGAUGACCCGUUAUAUCCAGGCCGUUAAUAAUAUAACUUUAAAUUAAAAAACCUGAAAGAACAUCAUAUGGCCUUCUAAAACCCCUCACUGUCUAGUGCAUUGUCAGGGUGAGAGGGUUUUGACUUAAUACACCUCCAUUCCUUUCUGUAGAGGUGCCCUAGAGUGCCUUUAUUACAUUAUCUCCCGAUAUAGGUUCCCGUCGUGCGUUUUGUACAUUACCACAGAUCCGUCCUUGAGUCUUUCAGAACUUUAGUCCAUCACGUCCUUAAAAAAGAAGCACAGCCGCAAGUUGUGAUUUUAUCUGACAAAAGUAAAAUGGGGUGAAACGAUUUGGUGUUAAUUGCUUAAUUUUGUGGUGGUUGUCUCUGGCUGUCUGUGGUUGACCAAGAUGUUUCACACACUCCCUUUUAAAAUGGAAGCUUAAACAGCUUAAUGUUCAGGUUAAGGAGUUGCCUUAAUAGAUGUUCUUAAGUUAUUUUGAUCACCCAUAACAAUGGUGUCAUUUAUGAUCGUAAAAAGUAUAAAGAAAGGUCGGUAAGGAAAACCAAGAUUCUUCUCAUGUGGAAAAAUUACUUUUGUUUAGUGGUCAAAUCUGACUUGUUUGAUUGAUGACCAUUUUAAUUGCCGCAAGCAACUUUAGGGCGGAAGAAAAAUAAGCCUAUUGUUUAUGCACUUUUAGUAGUGAUACCAUUAGUAUUAAAAGUACACUAAGGAAUAUUUUAAUCACUUGUCUUUAGUGUACCAUCCGAAUAGCGUUUCCCGCUAGCGACAUUCUGCUCUUUAGUAAUAGAGCUUCGUCAUUAAGGUUAAGCGAGUAUGUUCCUUUUCACUAGCUGGGACUGUUUGACGUCUUUUUAUUAACAAAUUAACAGCUAACAUUUUUCCGAUUUCAGAGGCAAAUGAUGCUUUUUCGGGUAUUCCGAAUUUAGCCUAUGCUUUGGCAGCUUAGGACCGAUCAAAGAACACUUGCAAAGCUGCAUCGAUUUAACAAAAGCACCGAAACACCACAGGACCAAUCAGUUCAAUAGCAAACGCCACUUUCUUAUGCAACUUUUUUUUUUAAUAGUAAUGUUUUGAAUAUGCAUUUAUUUUUGAGUUUAAUUUGUAGAAUUUUAUGCUGGAUUAUUUUAUUUUCCACUGAACAUUGCUGGCAGUGACAUAAAAAAAUGACAGUCCAUGCACACUGUGCGUCUAUAAAUAAUAAAAAAAAAAAAAAGAGGUGGUUGUUGAACAAAUACACUUUCCUUGUGUCAUUUUUGUUAUUCUGGCACAUGGUUAAGUAAAUAAUCAGUCAAACACUGUAACAGUCACAUGCAGUUAUAAUUAGAAUGCCACCGAGCUUGUUGUUCAUCCUUAUGUGGAGUAUUUCAUCUCAUGACUAAAUGGAGCAUUUUUUUAAACUGUUUUCUUUUUUUUUAUGUAAACCAUGCUGAAAUUUGAUUAUUUUGAGAGUGAUGGGUGACCGAAGAAAACAUCUUAGAGGCCCACGUUCACAUUCUAUAAUCAAAAUACCCAAAGAGACUGCAUACGUGCAUUUCGCUUUAAGGAAGACUUUUAUGUUUAAAAUACAUAUCACUGUUUGAUUUCUUUUAUCUGCUAACUAACAACUUGCAUCAUCACGCGGAAAGUCCGCUUUGGCAGAUGUUCACUUUUGUUUAGUUUUUUUUUAUUAUUAUUAUUAUUAGUAGUAGUUAUUCUUCAGUGCACUGUUAUUUGGGGUUUACAAUAACUGAGAAGUGAGAAAAUGGGGACUACAUUUAUGCAUAUAUGGGAACAUUACAUAUCCAUUCCAGUUGUACAUCUCGUUAACCUGCUAGUUUUUCAUAUUCACACAUGUGCAUUAUAUUUCCCCUGACAUGUUGGUCAUGUCUUUCAUUUGUUUUGUUCUUUAUACUCAGUCAUGAUUGUGGCCUUCUAGUAUUGUUGAUGCAUUUCAUUAUACAGUAAGUUCCCUGGUAUUGUACAUCUCCUGUGUGUAUGCAUUUGUGUGUGCGUGCGUGCGUGCAUGCAUGCGUGUCUGUCUUUUACCUCAUCUGCAGUCAACUCUUAAAUUGGAGUACUUUUGUUUACGCGUGCAAAAAAGAAGAAGAAUUUUAAAAAAGGAAAAAAAUAUCUUCCACUAAAGAAACACAAAAUGCAUUGUAGCGAUUUGAGUAAUUACAAAACGUUCACCUGGUGUGCUGAACUAUGUGUAAAUUGUUUAUUACACAAUAUAAAUAUUUGUAAAAUUGUUUGUAUUUUUCAUAAUGGUUUUAAAAAGGAGUGUGUUUAUUUUUAUGAAUUCUUUCUGUUACAGAACUCUUGCUUUGUCUUUUUCGCCUGACAUUGUGAGUGAAUUGGUUGGUUCUCUUACCUCUCUCAUGUAUUUGAGCCUGUGCUGAUUUGUUUGUAUGCAGUGUUUAGAAAUACUGUAGGGAACGUGAGACAAAAUUGUUAUUAGGAGCAAUUGAUCAAUUUGUAUUUAUUUAUUUUAUCAUUUUGUUAAUAAAUUUACCAAGAAA